UUUUAAUGGCGAUGUGCUUAUGAAAUGGCUUCCUACAAGGAGGGACUAGACCUUAGAAAGUAAAAUAUUAAUGGAUUUGUGUAGCUGGAAAAAAAAGCUGUUUUUUCCAAUGCUGGCUUUUAUAAAUGCAAGGUAAGUGUUCUACUGUUCAAUUGUGGUUCCAGUCCCAACUAAAGCCAUACAUUUAGGCUUAAAAAAAAUAUAACACAAUAGAGUAUAUUGGUACAGAGCCAAGCCGGUUUCUAUCUUUUCAGAACAGCCUGCUCUAUUUAGUGAGACUCUGCCUCAAAAGUAAAACAAAAUAAAUAAAUGAAAUUUUAAAAAAAUCGUGUAACAUGGUUUCAUAUGUCUGACAAAAGGCAGUUUGUUUUGCUUCAAGUCCGAGCUUCACUGUUUUAUACCUGUUUUUGUUGGGCAAUUUAAUGUCCCUAGGCAUAAAAUGUGAUAAUAGAACCUUGCUUAUGAUUAUUAGUAUUAACAAGGAUAAUUCAUAGUCAUAUUAAGUGUAAGCUACUGCCUAGUUACUAUUAUUUACCUAGUUACCUAUUAUUUUAGUUUUAGAAUAUUAUUUUGGCUUCAGUGAAACCUGGCAGAAGAAAAGUGUGGCUUGAAUUGGGGUGCUGGGAACACUUUUCAAGACCUUCAGUAGGUGCUUAAAGAUGCAUUAGAUGGUGCCAGACCUAUAAUUAUUUUAUCUGUUCCUUACCUUAAAGUAAAACUUACAAAGUAGAUAUAGGGAGAGGUUAAAAGUAAUAGAUAAUCAUAAAAUAGCUAUAGCAGUAUGUGUUGUGAUGUUAUGUGAAUGUUGGCUCUCUCAAACUGUAGGAUUUUUGUCAUUCAGUGUUUUCCAACUACAGCCACGCUAAGAUACUGGAAUAUAAAAUUGCAGAUCAGGAGACUGAUGUACUGUGUAAGAGGUUCUCAGAGGGAGGACCCACAGCAUUCAUAUGCUAGUAAGUGAGUGUGGAAAGGGACUGGGAGAGGUAGGAAGAAGAGUGCCUCAAAUUAUCUGUGACAGUGAUUUAAAUACAAAAAGCUCUGAGUCCCUUCUGUGCUGCUGUUCUCUACUGAGGCCUGUCACAUGCUGUUACUAGUCUCCUUGAACAUGUCUCUGGGGUCCUUUCCUGAAGUAAAAUGUUCACACUUCACUGAACUGUGAUUGUAAGAAUCCUUUGCCCACAGUAAGAAAGCAUGUGUAAAAUUAAUAAAAAUACAAGUUGGAUCACAUGGUGCUUUGUUCAAGUGUGUAGAUCUCCUGGAAUUAUUACAGUUGCCAGCAUUUGCUUUCUUUUACUCUACUGACAGUGUGAGGCUUUAUUCAGGCAAAAUUAUACCAUUCCCAUAGCACCCAGUUAUUAAAAAGCACCAUUUAUGAAAGUAUCCAAAAAAUAGUGUUAUUUCAAUUUGCAUUGUUUUAGAUAAGUAGAAACAAGAUUGCACUGUUAGAUGCAAAGACUUGUACCUAAAUAUCUGUGUGCUGUCAGUCCACUCAAGUGGAACACCUAACUAAACCAAAGGAGGAGAGACCAAAUAGCAUUAUUUCCAAAUAUUAGCCAAUAUCCAAUAAAUGAUAAAAGAAAAUUGAAGCUGAAUAUUGUCUUUCAGCUAUAACUUCUUGUGCAGCUGAAUUAGAAUUCCUUGGUUGCCAUGUACUGUUAGCAUGCUUCCUUUCUAGGACACUGUUCUUUGUUCUUGGGGAAAUGAUACACAAAAAUAGGACUUUUCCUCUCUCUCCUCUGGUAUGGUGCUUCAGGCCAAAUCCUGACUCCUCCCUCUCUUCCCAUCCCUAUCCUUUCUUUCUCUCCCUCUCUCCAUCCCUACCUCUGCCCAUUUUUCUUAUUGACAAUCUGAAUUCUGGUCAUUUAACCUAUGAGGAAGAUUGCAGACUCGACGAGGAAACAGCUUUCAAAUACCGCACUGUGGGCAUAUAGCGUCAGUACCCACUGUGCAGUCAGGAAGCUCGUCUCUGGGAAUGAAUGCUAAUGAGUUGUCCAAGAUGCUGGAGUGUGUGUGUGCUCGAGCACACGUGUUUUCCUUCCCUGCCCUCAUUCUUCCUUUUCCCAAGCCCCUUUCUCUCUGUUUCUCCUCCUACUCCUUUAGCCCCUCCCUCUGUGCCUUAGUUCUGCAGUAGGCUGGCUUCCUGCACAUUCCUGCAUUGCAAGGCUUUCUGUUAAGGAUGUAUUGUGGCUUUUGUUUGGAUUUCAGCAUGUGGAAUCACAGCUGUUCAGAGGAGACUCAUUACAACUCCUGCUGAAGCUCCUAAUCUUCCUCCCUCUGCCCCUCCCCCACCCUUACUUGGCCUGAAGACACUGUCCCCAGUUUGCCUUACUUCCUUGCUAUGUGUAUGGUGAACCUGGCCGUAUAGCUGCGUCUGGGACUGGCCAGACAACUGCUGUUGGCUCUCUCUAUUCCAGGAAGAAUUUAAAGGGAAAUUGUACGGCAGGCAGUAUACCCACCACAGCAGCAACCCCAGGAACCUGGUGACUAGGGCUCCCUGGCUUUGUCACAGGUAUGCAAAGCUGACUGCGGUGACAGUAGCUGCUACUGGGAACUGAGACAGCAGCCAGGUGGCAGCAUGAAGUGAGAGCCAGUUCCUGAGCACGAGAUGAACUCCACCUGGGAUGGUAAUCAGAGCAGCCAUCCUUUCUGUCUUCUGGCACUGGGCUACUUGGAAACUGUCAGGUUCUGUCUUUUGGAAGUGCUGAUUAUUGUCUUUCUAACUGUGUUGAUUAUUUCUGGCAACAUAAUUGUGAUUUUUGUGUUUCACUGUGCACCUGUGUUGAACCAUCAUUCCACAAGUUAUUUUAUCCAGACAAUGGCCUAUGCUGACCUCUUGGUUGGGGUAAGCUGCCUGCUCCCUUCCCUAUCACUCCUCUACUACCCUUUUCCGAUGGAGGAGGCCAUGACUUGCCAAGUGUUUGGUUUUGUAGUGUCAGUUCUGAAGAGCAUCUCUAUGGCUUCUCUGGCCUGCAUCAGCAUUGAUAGAUAUAUUGCCAUCACUAAGCCUUUAACCUAUAAUACCUUGGUUACUCCCUGGAGACUACGCCUCUGUAUUUUUCUGAUUUGGCUGUAUUCCACCCUGGUCUUCCUACCUUCCUUCUUCCACUGGGGUAAACCCGGAUAUCAUGGAGAUGUAUUUCAGUGGUGUGCAGAGUCCUGGCACACUAACUCCUACUUCACGCUGUUCAUCGUGAUGAUGCUAUACGCCCCAGCUGCCCUCAUUGUCUGCUUCACGUAUUUCAACAUCUUCCGCAUCUGCCAGCAGCACACAAAAGAAAUCAGCAAAAGGCAAGCCCGAUUCAGCAGCCAGAAUGGGGAGACUGGGGAACCCCAGAUCUGUCCAGAUAAGCGCUAUGCCAUGGUCCUAUUCAGAAUCACCAGUGUGUUUUAUGUCCUCUGGUUGCCGUACAUCAUCUACUUCUUGCUGGAGAGUUCUACUGGCUGCAGCAGCCGCCUUGCAUCCUUCCUGACCACCUGGCUUGCUAUUAGUAACAGUUUCUGCAACUGUAUCAUUUACAGUCUCUCCAACAGUGUUUUCCAACAAGGACUAAAGGGCCUUUCAGGGUCUGUGUGUACUUCUUGUGCAAGUCAUACCACAGCCAAGGACCCUUACACAGUUAGGAGCAAAGGACCCCCUAAUGGAUCUCAUAUCUGAGGGGGCACAUAUAUUCAGUCGCUCUGUUUUCAAGAAGAAAGGAUGACUUUGGUUCAGUUUAGCCCUUCCAUCUCUGCUCCCAGUUCACUAGAGAUGUAGGAGGAGCAGCUACAGACUGUCGAAAUAACCUUUAUAGUUUGCAGAAGUUGUUUCCUAAAUGAGAUUUAAAAUUAGAAGAAUCAGGAUCAUGAAAAGAAUCACUCUUAAUCCAGUUUUUGAAAUGUCAUGGAAGUGACUACAGUUCUCAGAUUCAAACGGAGUAAAGCCAUAGUUGAUACCUCUCCCAACUGAUGUGGCUGAAUCUGGGUGUGAAAAGCAUCAGCAUGUUAAAAAUAACCAUUUUCUUUUUCCCCUUUCUGGAUUCUUUCAUGCAAGUUGGAAUAUAUGUGCAAUAGGUAUCUUCUAAUAAGAAAUAUUAAUAUAUAUUGAUGAACUAGCAAGGAUUUUCUUUACCUGUGCCAAAAUAUAACUGUACUGCAAGUUUCAGCAUUCAUCUAGAUAGUGAAAUGUUUUGUUUUCUUGCCUCUUGAGAGAAAUCUCCAUAGGAUGAGUAAUGUGAGCACUGAAUAUUACUUUCUAGAGUUUUGAAAUGAAGCAACUGUGCAGUGAAGCCACACAGUGUGUGAGAGCCAGCUGCUUUCAUCUCAUGCUUCUAAGCAUUGUGAGCAUGUGUGCAGUAGUGACAUUACAGUGCUGUUCCUGGGCCUCUCUGUAAAUAUUGAGAAUAUGUACAAUGAGUUGGGUUUCUUAUAACAAAUUGUAUUUAAUCUAAAUAAAUAAUAGGUGGAUAGCUGUCCAAUUGUAAUGUGAAAAUAUUUUUUUAAAGUGACUGUAGUGUUUUCUGUUCUAAUCCAAAGUCUUCAAUGAGAAUGAGUCCACUGACACAGUCAGCCCAUGGUCAGCAUAAACUGUAAACUGUCUGCCUUCUAAACAGUCAGCUAGCAUCACAGUUUUGGAAAAACAUUUUUUGGAUCCUAUUAAAGAGGCCUCCUGGAAGGGGAGAAGGGGGACUCUGGUUGGCUCGUCUCCUUAAUGCUAUCC